CAGGUUGUUUAAACUUUUUUUUUAAACAAUUUGUUUACACUUUUUAUAUAUAUAUAUAUAUAUAUAUAUAUAUAUAUAUGAAGAGCUCUUUUCCAAAACGCGAUAAACGCCAAAUUAAAAAAAAAAUGACUUCGUCAUGCCAUUAUGCCGUGUACUGAACCUAUUCUCUGCUCCAUCAAUGUUUCAUGCUAAAUUGCUAUAUUUCCUUGUUUAAAAUGUACUGCAAGAUGCAGUUUUUUUCCAAAACGCUAUAAGCGCCAAACCUGUUUUUAGUCUAAAUGCGAUAUAUCCUAUCGACCAAUCAGAAUUCGGCGAGCGGUUGACGCAAUCUUGGCGGCGCUCUGAAUCGGGAUCUUGUUUGUGUUGCUCAGUCUUCAAAAUGAGUGCUAAUAACACUUUUGAUGGUCUGGAUGAGCCAGUGAGACCUACACCUGGCGACAGAAAACGCCGAUUGGACAAAGAAAAUCACAAAAAACAACAAAAAAAGAAGCUUCGCCACUCAGGCGGCACGUUAAUACCCACUGUGGGAUGUCAUCACAAGGCUGAAGCGACCGGUUUCUGUCAGGCAGAGAAGCUGUCACCGGACGACCUGAUGAUGAAUUUCAGUAAGUUUUAUGAAAGACCAAACAAGGUUGACCAGGACAGGACCAUUCUUAAUCUCCUGGACAUAACGCGUGUGAAAAGGCAGCGUCUGAAAGUCCUGGACGUCAACAAACGAAAAGACCGGAACAUUUCUGUCAAGUACAAUCUUUUGUGCGGCAAUCACCCGGAGAAGGUGCCCGUUUGCAAGGCGACCUUCAUUAAAGUGUUCGGCAUCAGCAAAGACCGUGUGUCCCGGGUGGCUAAAUAUUAUGCUGAGACUGCUGAGGCUCGCCCAGAGAGAAGAGGUGGUGCACGGCACAGUGAGGAGCACAACAGGAGAAGGCAACUCAUUGUUGAGCACAUCCAGUCUUUUACCUGCAGGGCCAGCCAUUAUGGUCGGAGAGGAGCACCAGGCCGCAAGUAUGUCCCCAGUGACUUGAAUGUGCACAAGAUGCAUGAGCUCUUUGAGGCUCAGAACCAUGCUCAGACCAGCUACUCCCUCUAUUACUCCGUGUUCUCCAAGGAUUUCAAUCUUGGCUUCGGUCACCCAGCUACAGAUGCAUGCUCUGAUUGUGUCAAGUACAAGAUCACGAUUACAGAUCCAAACCUAACUGAGGCAGAGAAGAAGAUGGAAUCUGCAUCAUUCAUCUUGCAUCGUCGCAGAGCUCACAUGUUUUAUGACCUGUUAGGCAGGGUUGCUGAAGGUCAUGUGACCCUCAGUUUUGAUAUGAUGCAAAACAUGGUCCUUCCAAAAACCCCAAUAGGACAGGCCUAUUACUCACGGCAGAUGUAUCUGUACCUGUUUGGUGUUGUUGUACAUCAUGGUGAGAACAGCCAACAGGAAAAAGAUGAUGUCCAUCUCUAUGUGUGGCAGGAGAAUGAGAAUAGCAAAGACAGCAAUAUGAUUGCUUCUGCACUGAGUGACUGCCUCAAGGUUCGACUUCAGGACAAAGUCAGCAGAUCCAGGGGACUUCGGCUAUUCAGUGACUCUUGUUUUGGGCAAAACAAAAACAUGAACAUGCUGUCCAUGCUCAUGGAAUUUCGUCAGCUUUUUCCUAACCUUGGCAUAGAGCAUACCUUUCCAGUAAGGGGCCACAGUUUUCUCCCAGCAGACCGAGUCUUUGGCAGAAUUGAGCAGAAGAUCAGGAAAAUUGACACAAUUCUGCUACCACAGGAAUACCAUGCCAUCCUGCAGCAAUUCGGCCAUGUUCACGUUUAUGGCACAGACUGGGAGGCAUUUGAUUAUAGGUCAGCCUCAAAAGAGUGCGUUAAGGCUCAGAAGAGCUUUAAAAUCAGUGAAGCACGCAUGCUUGACUUGAGUACCAACAAGGUUGGUUUGAAGACUACUUACAAUGGGGAGUAUUGUUUUCAUAGUGUAUUAAAGCGGGGCAAGCGGUGGGCUGACCUUAAACCUGAGUUACUUCCAAAGCGAACCUCUGUGAAGGCAUCAAAGAAGCGCGAUGUGCUGGCACUAUUAGGAGCAGUAGGUGUGUUGAUGUAGUGAGGGCUUUUUAUGAUGAUGCACUGUAUCAUGUGACUGACAACGCAGGCCAUAGUGAUGAAGAUGCAGAGUGAUCUAUACUCACUCACUCACUCUCACUCACUAACUCUCUGUCAUACACACACACACUCUCUCUCUCUCUCUCUCUCUGUCCUCUCACACACUCAAAGCACAUUUCACACACUAUGUGGUUAGUUUUAUGUAUAGCGGACAAUGGUCCUUCUGUUUACGAGUUUGACACUUUACUGAAUACCAAUGUAUUAUUGAAUGACUUGCCUAUGAAUAUUGUUAUCAUUAUUAGUUAGUUUUUCAUGCAUAUAUAGUGGACAAAUUGUUCUACUUGUUACAGGUUUGACACUUUACAAAAAAAAAGGCUUUGAAUGUAUUUCUAAAUUACUUGCCUAUUGAGGAUUGUUAUCAUUACUAUCAUUACUUUUUACAGGUUCGGCACUGAAUGACUAUUAAAAUGUGUUACUAAAUUAUCUGAAUGUAAUGUUAACAUUGUUGUAGGUUUAUUUAAUUGGUAGUAUAUGUAUGCGUGUUAUUUUUAAAUUAUUUGUUUUAUGUGGUGGACAAAUAUUUAUUUUAUUUAAAUUUUAUUAUUUAUUUGGCUGCUAUUUAUUUCAUGAAUUUGCUUUUAUUUUAUUUAUAUUAAUUUAUAGUAUGAGUCCCUGUUGUCAU